GGGACCAGACUGCCCAGAUGUGGGCGCCACUCUGCCUGCUGCUGCUCGUUGCCCAUGCCGUGGACAUGCUCGCCCUGAACCGAAGGAAGAAGCAAGUGGGCACUGGCCUGGGGGGCAACUGCACAGGCUGUGUCAUAUGCUCCGAGGAGAAUGGCUGCUCCACCUGCCAGCAGAGGCUCUUCCUGUUCAUCCACCGGGAUGGUAUCCGGCAGUACGGCAAGUGUGUGCAUGACUGCCCCGCUGGCUACUUCGGCGUCCGCGGCCAAGAAGUCAACAGGUGCAAAAAAUGUGGGGCCACAUGCGAGAGCUGCUUCAGCCAGGACUUCUGCAUCCGAUGCAAGAGGCGAUUUUACCUGUACAAGGGGAAGUGUCUGCCCACCUGCCCAUCGGGCACUGUGGCCCAUCAGAGCACACGGGAGUGCCAGGAGAGAAACCCUAGCCAGAAGAAGGGCCGGAAAGACCAGCGCCCGCGCAAGGACAGGAAACUGGACCGCAAGCUGGACAUGAGGCCCCGCCGGCCGCAGGCCUGAAAAGCCCAGCCAUGCCUGGACUGCCGCCUCCCCAGGGUCUC